AUGUGCCUACACAGAAUAGUAAUAUAUAUAAAGCCUCUUCGAAACAAUCGAGAGCUGUACGAACCAUCAAAGAUCGAACCCCGAAGGAGAUCGGGGCAGUGCAUGUGCAGGCGCCGCACCAACCGUAGUCUUCUCCAGUUCAGAACAACGACAACACAGUCGUCAGCUCAGGAGCAAGUGCUUCUAUUUUAUGCCUUUGUUUCAAAAAUUCUUGCGUGGAUCGCUACAGCACGUGCCAGUCGUUGUACGGAGUCGUGCGGCUACAGGCACAGGGGCCACUGAGUCUGUUGCAGAGAUGUCUUCUAUCCUCAGAAGGAUCACGGGUAGUGGCAGUGCGAAAAGCAGACCAGAAACAGCAGCGGAAAUGGACAAGAAGUCGACUGCAUCCACCGACUCUGAGCCGCAGCAGUUCGAAACUGCCACUUUCGCCAUGAGCUGAUUUUGGUUUCCCGAGGCACAGGUCGGCUGUGCCCCGGGAGUUGUGAAAACCAGGGUUGGUUUCACAGGAGGUCAGAAGAAAAAUCCGACCUACCAUAGCCUUGGUGAUCACACAGAAGCUGUGGAGAUUAUCUUCAACACAGAAGAGACGACGUACAGCGAGCUGCUGGACUUCUUCUGGAACAAUCACAGCUGCACAAGCCGAAUGUCCCGGCAAUACAUGUCGGCUAUCUGGUACCACAGCAGCCACCAGAAGACCCUGGCCGAGGAAUCCAAGGCCGCCCAUCAGAAGAAAGAGAAGAAACCGAUUGCUACCGUCAUUGCUGCAGCCUCGUCCACAGUGUUCUAUGACGCUGAAGACUAUCACCAAAAGUAUCUGCUGCAGAAGCAUCCUGCUAUCGUAUCAGCGCUGGGCAUCAAAACCAAUAGGGAGCUCAUCGAGUCUUCUCGUGCUUGUCGUCUCAACGGUUACGUGGGUGGAUAUGGAGCUGCACAGGAUCUGGAGAAGGAGUGGGAGAGCUUCUGUAUUAAGAACGAGGACUUGAAGCAUAAGGUGUUGCGCCAGUGUAAGUUUGGCUCAGAUGCCACUUGCUCUGCACGCUAGGAGGGCCUUAUGUGUUUGGUCAGCGGCCUGUGAUGUGUACGGUGUGCACGACUGGCCUUGCUUGCUUUCGGUGUGUAGCAGUGCUUGACAUUUGCAUGCGUGUCUGUAUGAUGGCACCUGGUGCAAUCAGCUCCCAGCUGAAACCAGAAGCCGGAUGGUUGUGACAAGCAUGCAAAACGACAGCACUGCGACACCGGAACAACUUGGCAUGGUUUUGCUACUGAACAUCAUCACCUCCAAUGGCCUUUCACACGUUCCUCGUUGCCUUUGUAAUGUAAACUAAAACACGUCUCUGUUAGCUUUUUACCCUGGUUUUACCUAUGUGCAACUGUAGAUUUCUUUGGGGUUAGGCCGUUCAUCUCUAAGCUUUUCUGUACUGUACAUGUACUUGUGGCUUGCUUCCAUCCAGCCCGGGGUAGUGAUGGUCAGUCAUGUUAAGUGUUUUGUUUCUUGUUACUGUUUCUACCCUGGUUAUCUAGAUCAAGCUCACACUGAUCUCCCUUGUGUAUUGUCCUCACGAUUCAAUAGGUAUUGUGCGUGAAUUCUUUCUUUCUGUCUUCUAUUCGUCUUUUUAAACAGAGCUAUCUUUAGCAUUACAUCAUGUAUGCUGCAUAGUUGAUCAGAUCAUGCCAUGCCAGUCAUUGAGUUUCCGCGCAAAAUGGUUUUCACCUAUUGUAUUUUCAGUCAAAGAACUUCGCACAUGACACAAACUGGACCUCGCGUUUACUUGUAUCAACACACCGUAUUCCUGUAUUUCCUUCUACUGUUGUCAAUGAAAGGCAGCUGCGCGAUUGCUUGAUUUUUCUCUUAUCACUGUUUGAAGAAGGAAAAAAGUACUACAUGUAUUGGCAUGUUGAAAUGCCGAUAGCCAACAA